AUGCCUUACGACGAAGAAGGCGUGAAAUGGUCUUGCGAACCAUGUAUCCGUGGUCACCGGUCUUCGAAAUGCGACCACUUCGAAAGAAUCAUGAUGAAAGUGCCCAAGGCGGGACGCCCGCUAUCAAAAUGUCCACAUGUCAAGGGAACCUGCAGCUGCCAAAAGACAUAUGCCGUGAUGGUUCGAAUCCCCAAAGGUUCCUCCUGUCUCUGCCGCCCCGUUAAGCUAUUAGAGGGUGGAGACAAGCAUGAUUCAGCCCAGGGUUCUCGAUCACACCCUACACCAUCAUCAUCACCGGCGAGCAACAAUCAAUGGAAGGUCCAAAAGGCUUCGAGAAAGAACGAAACCGUGCAAUAUGCAUCAGAAAGAGUAGCCAAAGCCCUUGAAAACAGACCGGACCUAGACGCUAUGCCAAAUAAUGUCAAGGUCGAAGAAGGGCCAAGCUCCGAUUCAUGUGGCUACAGCCUGUGGCAACUCCCGCAGACGAGCCAGUCUAACUGCUGCUCCAAGAAACCUCAAGCAGAACACCAACCUCCUCUAGUGGCACAGAAUGGUGGGGGCUCUUGCUGUGGCGGCGGGUCUGCCUCACAGCCAGCAGCUCCUAGCACUCAGAUGCCCGAAUACCCUAUCUACCCUACCUACUCCACCUACCAACCAUCUCAGCCUGCUUCUUGGAGUGGUGCUCCCUAUACGCAAUACUCUACAUCUCAGGCACCUUGGCAAAAUGCUACAGCUCCUAUGCAGGGGCCAUUCAUGCCGGCGUUUGGGACGCACGGGAACCAGUUUCCAUUCGGGCAGAUGAAUGGACUAGAAACACCCCACAGCCAAACCUCUAUGUCCUUCACCCCAACCUCUCAAACCCCUGCCUAUACCCCUGGGAAUACGUCUGCCGAUUCGAAUAAUGAUUGCGAGUGUGGAGACGGAUGCCAAUGCCUUGGCUGUGCAGUCCACCCGUUCAAUAACACAACCCGUCAACAUGUGCAGGAGAUGGGUGCCAUGAUGACAUUGAAUGGAUACGAAAAAACUCCCGAUUCCAUGACACCGGCAUACCAGCCCAGUGCCAACAGUGGCAGUGCUAUUUCAAUCCCGCCGUCCUAUUACGUUCCGCAAAAUCAUCAUCAUAUCGAAUCUUACCCGGAUCACCAUGUGAACCAACAGCUGAUGCCUUCAUCUGAAUACUACACUCUGGAAUAUCCUGUUCAGAUCCCGUCUGCUUGUUCGGACGUAACAGGCAGUUGUCAAUGCGGUAGCGACUGCAGCUGUGUUGGUUGCCUUACUCACAGCGGCCACACCGGCAUGUCGAUGCAAUCAUUCCUCCCCCAGUCGAUGGGGCAAAACAAUUCUGCUGCGGGACAAGCACAACCUGGCCCUUAUGAUCUGCUAUCGGAUGAAAUGUAUCCGCCAGAGUUGAAUGAUAAUGCCCCAUUCCAUCAGCAACAAGCCUCGGGUGCUGCAGACGGUCACACAUCUCGCAUCCCGGUGUUGGAAAAUGUGGACACCCAUUGCCUGAGUCCGCGCACACUGCAGACAUCCAUGAUGUAA